GAAUCGCGUGUAGGUCGCAGUAGGGGUACAUAUAUAUAUACGUGCAUGCAAGCUGCAUAGGGCACACAUUGUGAGAAGCCCCGGCUAAACAGUCAAAGCCAAUUACAUACCGAGCAGAGCGACGCCGCGUAUGCGCAACUUCUGAGAUCGACAUGGCAACCCUACCAAUUGCCCUGGUUUUGUUCGCGGCGUAUCAGCUUGGAAGCACUGCUAAUGACUUUCACAAGGUUACGGCAGCCCGCUGUUAUCACACGCCGGACAUUGACUGGAGCGAAAACAUCAACGCCUACCUACGGAAGAUUCCAGAAAAUAUCAGGGCAGGCGAUUUGGGCGAAAGCUGGAUCAUGACGUUCUCGUUGGAAAACCCGAAACUGGCAGGCCUCGGAAACAUGUGGGUCUACAAACCUCCGUACAUCUUUUGUGCUGCCAACCGCACUGUCAUCGAAGCCGUCGUGUUCGCCGCAGAUCCACUGCGAAUCAGUCUGGAUUGGAAGACCUGCACUGGCAGCAGCGGGACAUUCGGAUCAACAGUCUCUGCCAGCCAGCUGCGGCUCUACUUCUUGGUUGUAUCAAACUCCGACGGUUCUCACCAAAUUCGGCUUCGCAACAUCAAACCCGACAACCUUGAGGACCCGAAGCUGUUCGUGACCGGAACGAGCCGCGGAAUGAGUGCUUUCGUGGAGGCAAUCGGCGUGGUGGGAAUGCCCCACCUCGAGCUCGGCUGGAACAGGUACCUCCGUGACGACGUGCCGUCUCUCAUAGACGAAAAGAUGGCCUCUUCUUACAACGAGGUGUAGAAGCUGUAACAUCACAUUGAGAUGUAAAAACGAAUAAAGCGAAGUUACAUCAUCGAUACAA